AUGGAAAAAAAACUAUUGAAAUUUCAGUAUAGCUGGCUGGAAAAAUGGAAUUGGCUUGCCUAUAGUAAAGUAAAAGAUGGCGCUUAUUGUAAAUAUUGUGUGCUUUUUUCUCAAUCAAAAGGUGGUAAGGGUAGUCAGCCGCUAGGUCAACUUUGCACUGAAGCUUUUAACAAAUGGAAACAUGCUGUAGAAAGGUUUAAUAACCAUGAUAAAGCAAAUUAUCAUCAAAAUAGUAUAAUCGAUUUUCAAUCAAUUACAGCAAUCAUUGCAGGAAAAUCUGACACUGUUUAUCAUCAACUAAAUAAAGCUGAAAAAAUUCAAAAAGAAAACAAUCGAAAAAUUAUCGUUCCAGUAAUUGAAUCGGUGCUUCUAUGUGGACGACAAGGCAUUGAACUUAGAGGUCACCGUGACUCUGGAGUUCUUAAUCUUGAAGAUCCCUUAAUAAAUGAAGGUAAUUUUCGAGCAUUAUUGAGAUUUUUCCUAAAGGCAACUACAAAAUCCGGCGAUGAAAGUUUUUUAUUGGCUAGAGAAAAUUGUACUGAUGAAACAGCUGAUAUAUCGGGUAUUGAACAGUUUGCUUUAUGUGCUCGUUAUUAUGAUAGUAAAACCAAAAAUAUUCAUGAAGAUUUUUUGAAGUUUGUUCCGGUAUAUGAUGUAAGUGGAAAAAGUUUAGCGAACUAUAUAAUUACUGAGUUAAAAGAAUUAAAUAUCGAAGUAGAAAAUCUACGAGGUCAAGGUUAUGAUGGAACGGCAAGCAUGAGUGGGAAAUUUAAUGGAGUUGCAGCUUUAAUUAAGAAAGAACAACCAAAAGCUUUAUAUGUGCAUUGUAGUGCCCAUAAUCUUAAUCUAUCUGUUUCAAAUUCAU